AUGAAGUGGCUCCUCUGGCUGUUCCUCGCCUUGCUCGCCCUGGCACACCUGGCCUCGGCGCAGAACUUCACGACCUCUGCACCCACCCCACCACCAUCGACCAACGGCUCGGCGACGCCCGCGCCGCACGUCGUGAACGGCACCACGAUCCCCUCCAACGCGACCGGCACGACGCCAGCACCAACGACCACGCCCUCCACCACGCCCGUCAACCCGUUCACGUUCCCGACGGCCACGCUCGCAGUCACGCCCGCGCCGAGCGCCAUGAACUCUUUCAACCUGUGGAGCGGGACCGGGCCCGACGGCAUCUUCGGGCAGGAGACGAGUGCCGCCGCGCGCCGCUUCGCCGGUGGUGGUGGCAGCGUCGCCGUCGCCGUCGUCGUCGGUUUGCUUGGCGCUCUGCUGAUCGGCACUGCGGCGGCCUAG